GAAAGGCAAUCUCCUAAGGAAACUGAUUGUAGCCCAAAAAAUGUGUGCCCCAGCUCCAUCUUUGGUUUCCCGCCAAAAAUUAAAGCACAAAAAAAAUAAAAUGUCUGUGCGCUUCAACUCGGCUACACAGCGCUCUCUCUCUCUCUCUCUCUAGGGAUGGUUGCCAAAGACGAGAAAGAUUCCAGCCUAGCAAACGAAACCCUAGAUAAUGAACAGUCUACUGCUCCUCAUGUUCUUCAAAUCGUCCAAGCAGUUCUCUUGGCCAUGGAAGCUCCUGAGGGUCUAAAGCCGCCACUCUUGAAAAAUUUGUACUAUGUGCUUGUUAGUUUGACUUUAGACAUACCAGCCUGUUCUAACUCCAGAGUGGCUUCAAAUAACUUGGAUUUGGAAUUCCGACCAAAUGGUUCCAAAAGGAUGUUCAGAUAUUUAUGUGAUCUCUCUGAUAAUAUUUUCAGAGAACUUCCUAAGAGGUUUAGAGAGUUAUUCACUGCUUUACAUGAUUCUUCUAGUGUACAAGCAAGCUCGGAUUUUGAUAUAUGGGCCAUGGCUGAAGAAUUCAAUCUUAUUUUGAGAUGUUGUUUGGUUUUCUUGAACUUGCUUGAGUAUGACCUAAAUCUUCUUUUGGAAAAAUGCCGAGUCCUUCUUGCAAUACUUAGCAGACUAUGUUCUUCAAACUUCAUUCAUGGUGGUAAGAGAAAUGCCUUCAGCUUUAAGAAGUUUGUUUCUUGUGAAGGUGCUUAUGGCAAUAAUGUUAACAUCACCUCCUUUUCCGAGGAUUACAUUGCCACUUUAUCCUUCUUAGAACAGUCUGAUCCGUGCCUUCCUUCUUUACGUCCAAUGCUUGAGGUUUUUCUGGAUGAGCUAUUGGUGCAUAGACCAUUGAGGCAGUACUUCCUGUUGGCUGAUUCUGUUUCUUCUGCAAGUGAAAUUCUGUUUAUCUGGCACUCUAGUCAUGAUGACAUUGGGUGUGUGCUGGAGGUCAUUUCUGCUCAUUUUCUCCUAUCAAUUUCUGAUGAGCAUGCACUUGAAAAGUUUCUUGGUGGAUUAUGUUGUCUGCAUAGUAAGAAUUCCAGAGUUUGCGAGCUGAGCCUGAUUGCAGCCAUAUCAUUGCUUCAGAACCCUGUCAUCCUUUCUGCACCCAAAAUUUUCCAGGCAUAUUUAGUUUCACUAGUUUCUGAAACCUUAAUAGUUUAUGAUUCCAUCGGUGGAAUGGCUACUGAGAACAUGGCACCAGAUAUUAGAUUUAUGGGUAGCUACUUAACAGCAUUUGAAAGAUCAAUCAUCUUGUAUAAUAGGCACAUGUCUGCUUUGCAAAUGGGUGGCCAUUCUACAGAUAAAAACUCUUUCGUCAAAUCAUGUAAAUUUGUGGGGUUUCCUGAGUCAUAUUUUGAAUCUUAUAUUCAACCAGUUACAAGAAAUAGAAUUAACAAUCUAAUUACUAAGUUAGACGAUUCAUGGCAUUCGUAUUUAUGCCAUAUGUUCUCUAGAACAAAAACUGAUCUGCUAACUGCUUCGAUUGCAUUCAUAAGGGAGCACAAAUAUGUUCUUGAAAAAAAAUGCAGAGAUGAUAUUUUAUCUCUCUUACAUAGCAUAUUAAUGAGGGCAUAUUCUGAAAACAAUGAUAUUUUGUUGCAAAAACUGGGGGAUAGAAGUCCACAAGAUAUUUUUCUUCUUGCAUCCAUAUUGAAACUCAUGGGCAGUUCAAUGUUGCAAGCUGUUUGGUGUUUGAGGCAUGGUGCAGAUGUGGCUUGUCUAAGGUCCUUGAAAGAACUCUCCUCGCGUAUGGAAUAUGAAUCUCUAGUGGAUAUUAUUGGCUGUUUUCAGCAUAUCAAUAUCCAACUGCCAAUUCAGAAGUUCCUAUUUGAUGCAAUGGAAGCUCAACCAACAAAGCAUAAGGAGUCCAAGUUGAUGCUUGUGCAUUUUUCUGGCUUGCUUUCAUUAAGUUUUGUCAGUGGACUCGAUUUCUUAGUGAAAUGCUGCAUCUUUAUAAUGAUGCCACUAAUGAAUUUAUUUAUUUUUGAAGAGGGUAACUUAGAUGCAUUGAGAUCAUUGCUUGUUUCUGGAUCAGAAUCUUUGCCAUCUGCGUUUUCUCCUCUUAAUGUUCAAGAGGCCCAGGAACACCAGGAAUCUAGCCUACUUGUUGCAUCGAAAUUUCAAAAGUUACAGACGCAGUUCUCAAGCAUGGAUUCUCCUGCAAUUGAAUAUACAGAAACUGAAGACACGUCAGUAGAAAAAGGAAAAGAUGUUUCUGCCCUCAAUAAUGUAAAGGAUCGUGGUGUUGUCAUAGAAGAGAAAGCAGAGGAAACCUGCAGUGGGGAAAUUUUUCUCAAGUGUGUUCUAGGAGUCCCUGAAAAAUCACCUGAUUUCGAAGAUCUAGCUGAUUUCAUCGAGUGUAAGCAGGGAAAGGAUUAUUCUGGCUGGUUGAAGAAUCGACAAAGAUUUCGAAAGUGGAAAAGUGAGAAAACAGCUGUUUUAAGGUGGAAGAGAAAGAAGAAGAUUUGGAAACUUUUUAAGAAAACGAAAGUUUAGAUUUUGUACUUGGUGUGAUACCAUGGUAUCAAUUGGUAUGGCUGACUUUGUAUUCAUGUCUUUCCUCUCCUCCCCCAUCCCCCCUCCACUCACCCCCCAAUAGUUGAAAAACAAGUUGUGUAUAUAUGUUGUAGAGACAACAUUCUUUAGACAUCACAAAUUAAUGUUAGUUAUUGUAAUAUCAAACAAAGCUAAAUA